UGCAGGUGAGACCGUUUCCAGUUUUCCAUCGUCGCGGUGUGCCAUGUUUUGCCGAGUUCCCAGGACGCGGAGAGUCCCUGCCACCUGUUUCACUCUCUCGGUGGUCGUGGCCGCUUGACGUCUCGAGUUCAAUUUCAAGAGUUCAUUUUUCUUUUUGCUUCACUUAUUUUUAAGGUGAUCUAGAAAGUAUGAUUUUUUGGUUUUUGAUGUUGUUAGGAUGGAAAGGUUUGGAUGAUGUGACACUGUUUGAGUUUUUUCGUUAGCAGAUCUACUCUGUUAUUAAUUUGAUUCUUUGUUGAAUAGCUUGCUUUAAAUAAUUCAUCACUUUAUUCGUCGUUUUUAUUAAACAACAAAUCAAAAUGCUCGCAUGUAGUUUUCAUUUUGUUAUCUGAACUACUACAAAGUGUCUCAUUUAAAUGCUUUACUUAUGAAAUAUGUUGCCGGUCGGAAAAUGAUCUUUGCUGUCAAAACAGAAAGUUGAAGCUCCAAGAAUGCUAGGAAAAACGUUUUCUUUACCAAUACAUAUAUAAAUAGACAGAAAACAUUUCUGAAGAUAAACAAUCAAAACAGACAUUUCAUCCUUCGUGACAUAUCUCACUGAACACAAACCUCCGGUGAUGAACAGCGAAAGAUUUGAUUAAAAUUUUCGACAAAAACAAACCCGAGAAAAUGGUUAUUGCAACGUUGCACGCGUGACUCGCCCGUCACGUUCCGGCACUGGAAGUGUCCUCUGGAAGGGCGAUUGCAACGGCGUUACCUGUGGGAUUGUAGUGAAGAUGGAACCUUGGAUUUUGGAGAAUAUCUGAAAGGAUUGGAGAGAGACGAGACUUAAAGCCACGACAACAUCAACUAAAAAAGAUUCAGGUCGGAGGAGCAGUGCGUGUGUUCUGAUAGGACCCUCAACCAGAGUUCAGUAUUCCAAUAAAGGCAUAAAAAUACCUUCUUGGUUAGAACAUUAACGACAGCCUUGAUCCCAAACAUAUCGACAAUGAAAACAGAUAGAACAAGCAAGCUCAGCUCUAUAUUAUAGAGCAGAACUGAAAACUUCAGUCUCAUAAAAGAACAUACUCACUUUACUCUACUAUUUGAAAAUAGUUAAGUAAAUGUUUGAGAAGAGUCCUUACGUCUAAAAAGUUUUAGGUCAAUGGUUCCCCGUUUAAGGCAGUCUCUCUUUUCGAUUCAGUUAAAACUUCUAUGACACGAUUGGUCCAAGAAUAGGUCUUUAAUGAAGAAAAUGGUACUUUGGUCUUGAUUAUACCAUAGUGAAGUGUCCCUUUGAGAUCUUUAUUCUGAUGAGGUAGUGCUUCCCCGUGUUCUUCAAAAGAAAUGCAUCCUUGCAUUCAUAACUCAUGACUUUAACGGCAAAGAGAAGAAAACAAUCGGUGUAAUCUUGCUCAGGCUGGUGCAACGGCGCGCCCGUCUUCUUCUUAGUUUUCUGCCUCGAGAAGGGAACAGUGGCGGGAGAUACGAAUGAGGAGACGUCCUGCAUGAAGCGGGAAAGAGGAGGAGGAGGGGGAGAUGGGAAGGAAGGUGGUGGUGGCGGUGGAGAAAAGAAGCCGGAGAGGAAAGUGGAGAUAUCUGAAGAAGUCGACUGUUCUCCACCUGUCCACCGCCACGCGCACAUUCACCUCCCGAAUUUGCCCUCAGAUCUCGGUCGGGACAACGACCGCAGGUCGUCGCUUCGGCAGUUCAUCUCCAGAGUUUUCAGCGGCAUUCCCCUUCUGGUUCGCCAGAGGGGCAGUAAUAGCAGCGGAGGUCCUGGGAUAGCCACUGCUCGAGGUCGCAGAGCGAGCACGACCGGAGGACCACGGCGGCCUCUCACGAAGGCAGUCUAGAAGAGAAUCCCGGCGAGGAUCCAAAGGGAGAAGGCGAAGUUCAGUUCACCCGCCGAUUCACCUUCCUAUUAAAGAUGGAGAAACAAGUGAGGACGAAAGAGAAGAGAAGCCCAAAAACCCCAUCCGCAGACUCUCCCGGAUGUUGUCCAAUGCCGGGCCAGCGAUUGUCCGGAGGGUCUCCAAACUCCGCAGGAAAAGCCUAGCACAUCAGGAACUCGAAGACUUCGAGUUAGCACCCCUACGGUAUAGACCGGAAGGCCUAGAACAGCUUAGUAAAGCAACGAGAUUUACAAAAGAGGAGUUACAGUUCAUGUACCGAGGCUUCAAGCAAGAGUGUCCGACUGGGGUCAUAUCGGAGGAGACCUUCAAGGGGAUCUAUGCCAAAUUCUUCCCUCUGGGAGGUCAGCCUGAGGACGGAUCUGGAAGAAAUACUGCAAUGUACGCCCACUAUGUCUUCGGCACCUUGGAUCAAGACGGAUCAGGGACCAUCACCUUCGGUGAUUUUAUCAUGGGGUUAUCGGUGCUACUGAAGGGGACGCUGCAGGAAAGAGUCAACUGGAUAUUCAAUUUGUAUGAUAUCAACAAUGACGGGUACAUCACAAAAGAGGAACUUAUUGACAUCGUCACGUCUAUAUACGACUUGAUGGGUGACCAAGCUAAUCCUGGCAUCGAUGACAACACGGCAGUGCAUCAUGUUGACAAGAUUUUCCAGAAGCUGGACUUGAACAACGAUGGUGUGGUCACGAUGGACGAGUUUAUGGAAUACUGCUCAAAGAACGAAAGCGUCAUCCACUCGUUUAAUUUAUUCGAUGAGAUUCAGUAACAUUGGAGUGUGAUGAGGGUCAGCGUUGCCAACUGAUCCGUAAACCAAAAAAACCUUACUCGUCGAGUAGCACUAGUUUUGUCGAUGGCCCAAGUCGACUGGUACGCCUGCCUGCUGGACGUUUGCAAAUGCCUGGUCUGGUUCAACUGGCCAGAGAGUUUUGUUCGUUUAGGAGCUGCUGGAGGCACUCAAGAAGACGGUUGCACACAGAGGCACUGCUUGGUUUUUAUGGCACUUUGACUUUGAUGGCUUGGUAGCUGUAAGUGACGGUGGUAUGGAAAUGUGUUCCCAUUUUCUUUCAUCCUGAUUACGAGAAAAAGUCUGACAUGAGCAGAAAUUCUCCUUUCAAAAAUGGGCGAAUAACCUAGUCUGUUUUUUUUUCUUUCUUUUUUUUCGGAAUAUCACGCACGGCGACUCAUUGUCUGUCAUGAAGACAGCUGUUCAUCUAGGUUACCUAUGAGGCCUGAGUGCAUCAGGUCAUUUCCAACACGUUUUGAAAAGCAACUUUUUAGAUGAAUCAUAUUUUAUAAAUUACUCGUCAAUGACGGUGUGCUGUGGUAGGUCAGACUGUGUCAUGAUAUUUUCCUUUGGGAAUAUACACUAGAUCUCAACGUCGAUGCGAAGGAUAUGAAGUUUAUGAAUUCCUUCGAAAUUUCCUUUUAUCCCAGUGUUCUUGUGCUAUAUGAUAAUCCUAGGACUAUGAACCUUUUUAUGAUAGCUAUGAAGCAUUACAUAGCCCUCCUAAUUUCACAGAGCGACCCAGGAUACAGCGCUCACGUGUCAUUCUAUUUGGUUGGUCUCUUGACAAUGACAAAUCACGAGUUUCCUCUGAAGGAGAAGUCGAAACUCCUGCACCUUUAUGAAGGUAAAGGAUCCGUAUGUUCUUUGACUAUUUUCUAAGACGGCAAUAAUCGCCUACUGUAUCCUCUUAGUAAGUGUAUUUGAUAUCCAAUGCGCAAGUAGACAUCAUUAUUACACUAAAUGGCUUUAAGUAAUGUCAAUAGAGAAACUCGGUCAUCUGACAUCUAGUUCAUUCGGUUUCUUGAGCUCAAAGAGAGGAUGGCGCGAUUCACUUUUUCCUUUGGGAUAUCAAUACUCUCAAACCACUCAGGAAUGAUGGGAAAGUCUUGGAACGAAACAUUCAGACGUUAUUUAGCAAAAGGCGCAGCGACCCAACUUCUCCCGUUCUAAUCCUCGGUUUCCGUUGGUCUGCGCAUUUUAGAUGCUGCACUCACAUACUUCACACAACUUGCGCCUGUAUGGUACGUUUGCGCAAAGCCUAAACUGUUGUACCUUGGGGUUAAAGUUUCCGUAUUUUAGGAGAUAACAUUUGUAUGAGAUUAUAUAAGUAUAAAUACAUAUACGCAUGAUGUUAUAAAUCACUAUAUAUAUAGUAAAUAAUGAUAGAACUUUGUUUACCGUUCAUAUAUGAAGAAAUUUUACUAUGAAUAAAAGAUUACGUAGUCUAUCAGUAUCACAACUAUACACAUACUAGUGAAGCUUCAUUUUCUUAUAGAUAUAUGUCUUGAUAUAUAUAUAUAUAUUUUUGAUCACUAAUGAAGCACCCACCAAUAUCCACCUAUGAAUUGUGAAAGAUACACUUUAUUCUUUUUUUUCAUUUACAUUUUCUUCUAAGAAUUAUUUUUCAUUAACAAUGUAGAAUCUUUGAUAAUAUAGGUAACUACAGAAAUAAUAACGAUUUGUUGUCAAAGUCAUAUGUUGAUUUAGAAGAUGAAUUGUAAAGAAAUAUGAAAUGUAGUAUAAGAGGCAAACAAAGAUCUCAUAGAAAAAAUGUAGAAAUGCGGACAAAUCUUUCGGAAAGCAUUUGGAGAUAAUUGUUUUGGAGCGAAUAAAGAAAAAUAACUUUGACAUUUAAUAAUGACUAGAUACUUUUCUUCUAGCACAUAUUUACUUAUGAUGUUCUUCAAUUUGAAAAAUAAAAUCUGAUUGGUAAUAUUAAAUUUACUCUUAUGCUAAUAGCACCCCGAUAUAAUACAACCCAUCAUUCAUUGUACAAGAAAGGUUCCAAGAAUGAGUUUUCUCUUGGAAAGUACAAAGAGCCUUAUUAUCAAAUUUUAUUGUCUGCUUUUUUUGGCUGAGUUAAAAAUAUAACGUUGCCUUUCAUAAGCAUUGGAUGAAUUAUGGAAGUGGACUUUCUAUGGGAAGUAAAACCUUUUUGCACAAAGAUGAGGCGUAAAACCAUUAACUUUAUCUAAGCAUUGCUUAUAUUACUUAAUUUAAGUAUGCUACCGUUUCUGACUAUUAAUUGAAAGCUAAAACAAUAUUGCAUGUUGUCUAUAGAAAGCGAUUAGUACUUCACAUAUUAUUAUUAUAAGGUCAAAAAUUCUUGUGCAGAGACAACUCGCAUGAAAAUACGUAUACCCAUACUGUACAUUUUAGACGUAUGGAAGAUGCUCAAUUUAAGUAACACAUAGAUAAAUAAAUACAGGUCAUACCUGGUGAAGCAGUUAUGGUAAACACAGACAUGAAGGCAAGUGCCUCGGUGAUUUUGUGCUUUGUAGAUAUUAAAUAGAGACUUAUUUACAAUAAGCAUUAAUUAAUCAGUUUUGAAGAAAUGUUGCGGUGACUGAUAGUACUAAUCGCAAUUUUUUUCUGAAGAAUGAGUGCAUUAAACAUAAAUUCUCAGCGGUUACUGGUGAUCCUACGCCAGGCGCAAGGGAAACAAAGGAAUGGGAAAGUAUAAAGCAUCAGAUUUAACAUUAAUCUACUUUGGUAAUGUUCCCACGUCUAACAUUUUAAAGCAUCAACUGAGAUAGAAAGACUUUCUGAUUUCAGGUGGGAGGUUUUGCGUGUAAAAACAUACACACCCCUCAUUGAAAUAAACACCCAGGUACUAUUCAGAUUCCAGAACUGUAGAAUUCUAUCCGCGGUACAUAAUAUCACAGAUAGUCGUAUUCUAAACAGCCAGAUGGAUGUAACAUACUUAGAUCAGUUAUUCAUGUGUCAGGAAGACUUUCUUACAGACGAAUCAUUGUCAUUUCACAUUGAAGAAAUGACGCACUUCAGGAGACAUGAUAUACUUAAGGGCGUUAUGUUUCAUUUGACCUUUUGCAUAGAUUUUUACUGGUAAUUGUAGUAUGUCCUAUUAUUUUUGCUAAUGAAGAAAAGAAUAUAGGAUUUCAUAACCAUUUCGGUUUGAGGAAUCUCCCUCGUAGAAGUGAAGUGUGAAAACUUGUACAUAAGAACUAUAGCUUCCCAUUUUGAUACUCAACAAGUGUUUGGAGGAGACGAGGUUCUUCUCUUUUGUUAUGGAGAGUGGGAAGCUGGAAAAUAUUUCAUUCCCUAACUAAGAACUUGUCACUAACGUUAAAUCUUUAUAUAUAAUAUAAUGUAUCCUUUCCUAACUCUCUCUCUCCUCUCUCUCUCUCUCUCUCUCUCUCUCUCUGCCUUGGUCCCACUGAGGUUUUUAAAGUAACACGUCGAGAAAAUUCCAUUUGUACAGUAAAUACCUUUUUCAAUCCCCUCCCCCCAACCAUCCCAUCUACCCUAGACAAAGCAGACACAUUUAAUCAAAAUGGAGACGAUAGUUUAUUGCUUCACGAUAUGGAUCUCUUUAUGAAUAAUGAAUAAGAUGUCUUAGUUGCACCAUAGAUGUUUUAAAUGUUUCGUGGGUGAAAGUAAAAAGUCAUUAGUCUCUUAUCCUUAGCACCAGCUUUUAAAGAUUCUUUCAGGAAUAUAGUUGACUCUUUGCUUCCUUCCUUCAGUCAGAAUAUCAUUUAGCUGAGUUAGGCGUAGCUUCUAUAUCUAAGUUUCGUUAUCUGGUUCGUGUACUGAAUGUUUCAGUAACUUGUUGAAUGCUGAAUUUUCUUACUCUGGUAUCAAGGCAUAAUAGACUUGUUUUUUAAGUUUUGCUGCGGGAAAUUUCACUUUAUAGUAAGAUAGCCAUUGUUAUAAAGUUAUUGUGACAAAAAAGUAAUAUAAACGUGGAUUUAAUCGAUUAGGACCAUUUUGCUCUUUCAUUGGAUAGAUGAGGCACUUGAAUUUUAACAUAAUUUAGAAGCAUUUUCCAUAUGCAAAGUUCAAACUGAAAAACCUCAAGAUUACAAACGCGAAAGUGGCUUCCCUUUUUGUGCUGAAGCGCGAUUAAUUUUUUUUUUUCUUUUCCUGAAAGGGGAUAAAAAUUCUCCUGUGUCAUAACUUCAUAAAAUGCAAAAGCCCUCCUGCAGGAAUGCAGUCAUGUGUAACAGCAAUAUUUGCUGCAGGGUUUAUGGAGAUGAAAGCUUCCUUCCAUUAGGUUCUUUUCAGUAAAGUAUUGCAAUCAGUUACUUUUAUCCUAGUGCAAGUUAGUUUGGCAGUAAGGACACACACACGCACACACACACGCACACACACAUACACACACAUAUAUAUAUUAUAUAUAUAUAUAUAUAUAUAUAUAUAUAUAUAUAUAUAUAUAUAUAUAUACGUAGGUAUAUACAUAUCUUAAUGAGGAGAGUUUAUGUGCUGGAAUACACAACAACAAAAACACAGUCGAAUGAUAGUGGUAAAACUGCUAGAUAUGUAUAAGGACGUAAUGAUCAUUUCUUACGUUUGAUACUUUUUUUUACAACUUUUAAAAGCAGUAUCCGAGUCUUGGGAAGUUAACUGGCAGUUUGAAAUACACAUCAGAAUUUGUCGGGUUCUAGUGGGAAAGUAGUUUGAGAAGCAAAAUUAAUUCUUUUUAGCUACGAUUUACCUGUACAUCUCUACAUUGCCUCUUACAUUGCUAUGUGUUAAUCCUCAUUCCUGAUUAUGUCAUGAUUGGCACAUAUCUUACAUGGCAUCUUUAUUGUUCGUCUGCAUGAUUUAGGUCUCAUAUGACUGUUAUUGCUUUUCUACUACGAGGCAUCACAAAGCAAGCCAAUCUGCAUUGGAAUGCUUGAACUAUUAUUAACUUUAAGACACAGACAAUUUCCGGAGUGAGACGCGACUAUGAACAAAUUCUAGGGCACGGCACACAUUUUACUUCUCAAGCAGAUGUAGUACUGUAGGCUACAACGUUGUCUUCAUUUCCUGAUUCUCUUGCGUUCUCGAGAGACUGUAAAUAUCUGCAAAUAGUGUGACUCUAACUUGAGUUUUCAUUUUGUCAGCCAUUGGAACCGUCUUCAGCAACUCUCUCUCUGAAAACAGAAGCAGUUGCGUAAAGUAACCGACAUGUUUAUGACAUGUCCCUAUGCAACACUGAGCAGUUACGUCAUCUUUUAAUUAAACCGUCACUUCAGACAUUAUUAUGAAAAUCAGCCUAGCAUAACGAAUGUCAAGAUAAGGACGGAACCGUUAUGAAGGUCAAAUUCCACAGCAAGUCCAUUCGUAGGGAUCAACAGGUAAUAGUAUUGGGUUUUCUCAGUGUAGUCGCCUGUAUCGCCUCAACGGGGUUGACGAACCCAGAUCUGCCAAUUGCUCUUCCUAGUCGUGAACUGUUCAGAGUGGUAAUUGCUGAUGAGUUUAUGUUUCAUUUCCUUAGAUGCCUGUGAUAGUCACUCGAACGGAAUUCCAUUUAUCUGUUUCUGACGCAAUUACUUCACAUAUCGAAUAUGUAUAUAAGUAAUUAAUAAAGAAAACAUACUGGUUACGUCCUU